CUCCUUUCCCGUUUUUAUUCCCUUUGUCUACGUUUCCUCUCUCUCUCUCUCUCUCUCUCUCCACCUUAGUUUCCUACGAAAAGACCCCUCACCUGCUGCUUUUAUUCACCCUCUCACUCUCCACAUCUUAGAGAGAGAGAGAGAGAGAGAGAGAGAGAGAGAGAGAGAGAGAGAAAAGGAAGAAGAAACGAUAGAGAAUUAUAGAGAUGAUGCAUGGAGACCAGGGGAUGGGGAUGGGGCUCGGCGGAGGCGUCGGCGUCGGCAUCGGCGGAGGAGGGGAGAGCUCGUCGAUGGCGGCGGCGGCGGCGGCGGCAGCGGAGAACGAGCAGCUCCAGAUGACGAAGGCGGAGAUCGCGGUGCACCCGCUAUGCGAGCAGCUAGUGGCUGCGCACAUCGGGUGCCUGCGCGUCGCGACGCCCAUCGACCACCUCCCGCUCAUCGACGCCCAGGCCGCGCAGUCCCACAGCGUCCUCCAGUCCUACGCCGCCCGCCACCGCCCCUUCCUCCCCCCGCACGAGAAGCACGAGCUCGACUCCUUCCUCGCACAGUAUCUACUGGCUCUGUGCUCGUUCCGGGAGCAGCUGCAGCAGCACGUGCGAGUCCACGCCGUGGAGGCCGUGAUGGCGUGCCGAGAGAUCGAGCAAUCACUACACGAUUUAACAGCUAUGACGAUUCCACGCUUUCACCGAACGUUUCUUACAACUCUCCAACUUCAGCUGCACGGCGGUGCAACUCUUGAAGAGGGUAGUGGAGCGACAAUGUCGGAUGACGAAGACGAGCUCCAAAUGGAUGGUGCUUUGGACAUCAGCAUGGAUGGGCAUGACAUGAUGGGAUUCGGCCCUCUUCUUCCUACGGACUCGGAGAGGUCGCUAAUGGAGAGAGUGAGGCAAGAACUCAAGAUUGAGCUUAAACAGGGUUUCAAAUCAAGAAUUGAGGAUGUGAGGGAGGAGAUACUCAGAAAAAGAAGGGCAGGGAAGCUGCCCGGAGACACAACCACCAUAUUGAAGCAAUGGUGGCAGCAACACUCGAAAUGGCCGUACCCUACUGAAGACGACAAAGCGAAGCUUGUUGAGGAGACUGGUUUGCAGCUCAAGCAAAUCAACAAUUGGUUCAUCAAUCAAAGGAAGCGCAAUUGGCAUAACAACUCACAAUCAACAAGUUUGAAAUCGAAGCGUAAAAGGUAAUUGCUACAAGAUACAACAAAAUUCAAACAAAACAUGGAGUGAAGGGUUUAUAAUGAGUAGCAUUGUUUCUCUUCAUUAGGAAUGACUAAAUGGGAGAUUAAUCUAACCACAUCAUGUGCAAUUGUGAUCUUAUAUACAGAAAUAUAUAACUAGUCUUGUGUGUAAAAUGUUGUAAUAUAGAUGACAUAGAGCUUGAUGUUCUGAUCAUUUUUUUUCUUACUGAUACAAAAUGAUCAUUAGUGAUAUGUCUCAAUUGAUUGGCAUCUUUUCAUUUGCGAGUUAA